CGGAUAUCGAUGCCUUCACACAGGUGGCGUGGCCCAGUCGAAGGAGAUAGAUGGACAGACCAAAAGCUAGCGUUGAGAAGCUCAGCAUAUCAAGUGUCGUUGAAGACAUACUGCGGAGCCGGUUGAGUUCAGGCCAGGCCGGCCGUUAUCAACCGGAUGGAGAGAAAGGCGCUCUCUUCUCGUUCUGCCAGGUUUUUCAGAACGAGAGGGAAUUCAGCAAACUUCCCUAUCAUCCAACCAUCUCCAAGUUGCUGCAGCUGAUUCUGAGAGAACGAGUGUGUGAGAGUUGGUUGGUGGAAGAGAAUGAAGUAGAGGGAAGAGAUGGAGGAGAGGGAGAGAGGAGAGAGGAGAGAGAAGGAAGACGGGAUGAGGAUCAUGUGAGAUGUGUCCUAAUGACCCUUCGUCUUCUGAUACGAGACGAUAUCUACCAGGGUUUACUCAGAAAAGAAACAGUUUCACUGGCAGCUCUUGGAAAGUGUUUUGCUGACUAUGCUGAGGCCUACCUCACUGGCUCUCAUCAGAAAAUAAACUCUCUCAAGGAAAUGAGCAACAUAUUCCAGAAGGUGUCAAGCAGUGGUGGUGAGUGUGUAGAGGUGUGUCCGGGGGUCCUGCCGUGGCUAGUGAGACUGUCAGGGACCAGGGACCUCACUCUCACUCAGUGCUGCCUCUGUGCACUCAUCAACAUCUGUAAGAGAGUGGCAGGGGUAGACUUGGUGGCUGCCCUCUCUCCUCUCCCUCCUCUCCUCCACCUC